AUGGUUGAUUGGGUUAGUCUCGUCCUGAAAAGCAUUUAUUACUAUGGACAUCUCAUAGGUCUGAGUAACUUUGACUUCGAUUGGAAAACUGGUCGUGCGUACACCUCAAAAAGGAGCACUUUCUACGCGAUUUUCGUUGGUUUGAUGUUUCCCACACUGCUGGUUUUCCACUGGUCCGGGAGGACCCAGUUUAAAGUGAUAUUCGGGAAUGCCAACAUGUUGCACGAGUACGUCAUGGUCCUGAUGAGCGGCCUGAGGAUAUCGGCUGGCCUGUUAACGCUGCUCAGUCAAUGGCGAAGUCGCCGACAGGUGAUGCAGCUCUCCCGUUCUCUUUUUCGCCUGUACCAGGAGCGAACCGAGGUGAAGCGGAUGUGCCAACGAGGAAUACUGACAAAGUUUUGCAUUGCCAUUGCGACGGACUGCGUCCAAGUGUGGCUCAGCCUGGAUGCUUUGGACAGUAACGUGGACUUCAGCAUGUUAUUUGGACAGUUUCUAGUCUACUCAUUGACGUCAAUUGUUAACUUGGCCGUGACCCAGCACUACUUUGUCAUGCUCUUCAUCCGCGCCCGGUACCUGCUGCUCAAUCGGGAGCUUCGUGAGGUGAUUGACGAGGCGAACGAGCUCAGCCACAGGCCGCCGCGAAGGGGAGUCUUCAUCUGCAGGUGCUGCGCCCUGGCCGACAGGGUGGAGGCGAUAGCCAGUCUUCAAGGAAAGUUGCAAUCGAUGGUACAAAAAAUUCGAGACUUAUACGCCAUUCAGGGCCUGUUGGUCUUUUCGGGGUAUUAUCUCUCCACGGUGGGCACUGGUUACCUUGGGUACACCAUUGUCAAGCAUGGUCUCAAGGAUCUUGGCAUGAGCUACAGAAGAUUAGCUCUGAUUGUGUGUUGGUGCCUUUUCUACUACUUGGAUGCCUUACUGAAUCUGUUUGUCACAUUUUAUUUUCUGGACGAGCACCAGAAAACGAUCGUCUUGAUGGAGAAGCGAACGCUAUUCGCACCGGGUCUGGAUGUCCGCCUGGAAGAAGCUUUUGAGAGCCUGCAGCUGCAGCUGAUACGAAAUCCACUGAAGUUGAUUGUCAUGAAGGUCUUUCCCAUCAGCCGCAGCUCUACCACUGCCAUGUUCGGCUCCAUCCUGUCCAACUGUAUAUUUCUCAUUCAAUACGAUAUGGAAUACUUUUAA